GUUGCUAUACAAGGCUAUAUAAGUCACGUACUGCUGCUGUAUUUGUUGCACGAAGUUUUUGCCCACAUCCAUCUGCUUGUUUUGCAUAGAGAGAAUUACAUCCCACGAAAGUCCACUGGUUCGUUCUUGGCCGAGUGCACGGCUAAGGAUACGAGAUCAUUGUAUCUUGGAGGAGAGCCGCUGUCCGUCUCGUGCACCUCGGCGAGGGCGUGAAUCUCCUUGAAGACAGCGCCGCCGGCGUGAAGCUGCUGUUCAUCGUUCGGCAACGAGUGACAUCUUCGGAACCUGCAAAGCUACUGCCUACGACGACCUCCAACAGUAAAUAUAGUUAAUAUACAAUGUAAAAACGAUUUGAUUAUCUUCGAUGAAAAAUGUAGCGCUAUAGAUAUAACUAUUGCUUAGAACGUUAAGGGGACACGGCAGCACAUGCGCUGGAUGGGAACGAAAUAAAAGGCGGAUUGGGUGAGAUAUCAUUACAAGACUACCUUUGUGUAGAAUUGUACUAGAAUAGAUUCAAAGAAUGCAUAUGCAAGCACAGUGGAUAAAGUGUCAUAGAAAAGGAAGAUUGAUGAGCUCCAAAAAUGGUAGGGCAGAUGCUGGUGUUAGGUAACAUCCAUGGAUACGGACGCUUAGCUGCACGCGAACGGUGGCAAUUGUUACCCCACUAGCUAGAGCGAUCUUUGCUUAUUGGACAACACUGUGCGCGUAUGACGUCUACCUGAACUCUCCACAGUAAAGGCUAGUGUGCGAGGAUUGAAUCCUCCAGGGUUAUGAACUUCUGAUCAUUUUACUUUUGACUGCUGCUAGUUUUCUCUCUAUCUGAUUAUCUGAUACUGACACUCUACCAAGAUUUCGAUCUCGAUCGUGAUCUAGAGCGCUCUAGGUUGUCCCUUUUGCCUUUAAACAUGAGUUUGAGCUUCUAUCAUGCAUUUUUGAUUAUUUGGUUUUUGUGUUGGUCUAUGGCCUAUGGGGUCAUUUUCCUGUUUAAAACCAGGCGCAAAAAUAAUAAUAAUAAAAAAACUAUAUGAUCCAUCCUAGCAUGCUAUCUGAGUAGCCGCUUCUUAUUAUAUUGCAUGAAACUCUAGCUUGUGUUUGGAUCGUUUCCCUGGAGAAGAUUUGAUUUUCUGGUCUAGUAGGGUCUCCCGUUCCAUGAAAUCCUCUUCUGGUGAGCAGGAAGGAAGCCAAAUCCAACAUGAGGCUGCAGAAGGUAGCAUGCUCUCGGGAGCCAUGUCGCUCGCGUCGCAGCCGAGCCUCCGUUCCCUUCCUUCCCUUGACGUCCAUGACCUGAACACAAGCCCUUCGCUCCACCAAUUCAUCGCCACGAUCAAAGGCCACUCGUCGGCGUCGGCGUACGUCUCCGCUCUCGCCGUCGACGGUGACUCGCUGUACAUCGCCUCGUCGGACGGGAGCAUCAGGCUGUGGGCACUGGACGGCGCAAGGAGAAGUCAGGAGGAGCAGCAGCAGGAUGACGGUUGCAGCAGCAGCAGCAGCAGCACGACGGUCGCCGACACCGACAGCUCCGUCAAGUCUCUCCUCGCCACGGGCAAUGGCGGGCUCCUCCUGAGCUCCCACCAGGACGGCAAGAUCAGGGCGUGGCGUGCCGGUAGCCGGCGGAGGGACGGCGAGACACGGCCGCAGCUCGUCCUGCGCGCGGUGCUCCCGACCGCCGUGGACCGCCUCCGGACGUGCCUGCUGCCGUGGAGCUACGUGGAGAUCCGGCGGCACAGGAGGUGCACCUGGGUGCACCACGUGGACGCGGUCACCGCGCUCGCGGUGUCCCCGGACGGCGCGCUCCUCUACUCCGCGUCGUGGGACCGGAGCAUCAAGGUGUGGAGCCUGCCCGGCUUCCGGUGCGUGGAGUCCAUCGCGGCGGCGCACGACGACGCCAUCAACGCGCUCGCGGUCUCCCCCGACGGGCGCGUGUACACGGGCUCGGCCGACAAGAAGAUCAAGGCGUGGACCCGCGGCCCCGGGCAGAGGAAGCACGCGCUGGUCGGCACGAUGGAGCGCCACAGGUCGGCGGUGAACGCGCUCGCUCUCGGAGCCAACGGCAAGGUGCUCUACUCCGGCGCGUGCGACCGCUCCGUUGUCGUCUGGGAGAGCGCCGGCGGCGGCGACGGCGGCAUGGAGGCCACGGGCACGCUCAGAGGGCACGCGAGAGCGAUACUUUGCCUGGCGGCGGCCGGCGAGCUGGUGUGCAGCGGCUCGGCGGACAGGACGGUCAGGGUGUGGAGGAGGGGAGGUGCGGAGAACAACGGCUACACUUGCCUCGCCGUCAUGGAAAGCCAUGGCGCGGCCGUGAAGAGCCUGGCAUUGGUGCGCGGCGGACGCGACGACGAUGGAUCGUGCUCGUCGGAGGGAUCUUCUGCCCUCGUUUGCAGCGGAGCCCUGGAUGGAGAUGUGAAGAUCUGGAGCGUGUUUAUUCCAUGUUUGUAGCUAGUUCGUGUUCGUUGUCCUCUGUGGACGGUUAUUGUAAAUUCUGUCCACGUCUCUUAAGGAUGAUGCACCACCACCAAUUCUCCUCACGAUCUACCUACGACCAUACAUUUUUUAAGACCAUUUUUUAGUCAUAUUUUUGGUUUUUUCAGUAACAAACAUGAAACAUCAUGCCGUCACCUACGGGUAGCCUGUUUCUCACAUCGUUCAUCUCCACUAAAUAAGCUCUCUCUCGGACAACA